AUGUCAAUAACAACAUCAGAAUCAUAUCAUGAUGAUGGAUUUAGUUUCUACUUUGAAGAUUUAUCAAAUCUAAUUAUUGAUAUAACAAUAAAUAAGCUUGAUUUAAAUUUAGUGUCAUCAUUAAGAGUAAACACUGCUUGCUCACCUCAAUUAAUUAAUAAAAUAAAUCGUGAAAUAUUAGCUCAAAUCAGUAUUGAUGAUGGGCAAAUAAAUGCUGUCAAACGAUUUCAAUUGACUUUUCCAUGUUUUCGAUUCUAUGGUAUUCAAGAUAGUAUAUCAAAUUCUCGUUUAUUGGUUCAAUCAACCUCAAAAUGUGACUGUCCAUUAAUGUACAUUCAAUUUGAAUUAUUUCCAAUUAACAGAAAAAGAUCUGAUUAUCGUUUUCAUUUAAAUAUUCAACCAAUAAGAAUAAUUUAUGACGCCGAAACAUUUAAUCGUAUUGCUGAAUGUUUUGAACGGAAUUCAAAUCUGAGUUCAUUUUUAUUGUCUGAAAUAAAACAUCGUACAAAUGCAGAAAUGGAAAUUGAUCUUUCUUGUCAGAAAGUAUUUGACUUGAUAAUUGAAUUAAAGGAAAUUUCAAUUAUUUUCCCAGAAAAUGGUUUUUAUAAAGAAAAUUGUUCAUUGAUUAAUAUUGACUUCAGUCAAUUAAUAUUAAAAUCAUGUUUAGAUGAAAAUCAAAUCGAUUCUCAGGAAAAACUAAAUGAAGAACAUUUCUAUGUAAAAUAUAAACUUGCAAUAAAUGAUCUUCGAAUGAUAUAUUCUAAAUCAGAUGGAUCAUAUUUGAAUUUGUUACGGAAAAUUCCAUUAGUCAAUAUUGACUUUUUUAAAUGUAUUUAUUCAGACGAUGCUAUUUUAGACGAUUGGCAUAUUCAUUUAAAAACGAAUCUUAUCCGAGAAAUUCAAAUUUCAAAUAGAAUUCUUCAAGAAAUAAUUGAUCAUUUUAAAUCAAUUCCACAAUUUAGUUCAACAAUGUUUGAAAUUCUUUAUAGAAUAAAUCUUCAUUUUGAAAUUUUUCGAGCUAAUGCGAGUCUUAAAGGAAGUAUUUCAAUUAAUCCAUGUUCACUUAUUAUUCUAAUGAAUCCAUUACUAUUAAUUGAAACCAAUUUAACAAGACGUGAAGUUCGUCUUUCAUGGCGUUGUUCUAUUGUUAAUUGGCUAAUUGGUAUUCAACGUAAAAAUAAUAUGAAAGCUGAAGUAACUCAACAUGCUGUUAGAUUAAUCGAUGCUAUUGAUACAUUGCAAGGUCGUAAUGAACGAACAUACCAACUAAGAGCGAUGGGUUUUUUUAUUCUAGCUGCUAAAUUCCAUAAUCGUAGUCAUAUUAAAAUGGAAGAAUUUUCACGUUAUUCAGCAAAUGCAUUUGAACCACGUGAAAUUGGUGAUUGUAUGCGUACAGUCUACAAUGAAUUAAAUUUCGAAGUUCAAUUGCCUCUUGCAUUUGAUUUUCUUGAAUUAUACUUGGAAUUAAAUUCUAGUGAGACUUUUCAAUUAAAUACUUCUAAGAUUCGUGCAUUAGCAACUUUAUUUAUUCAUGUUGCUUGCAUCCAAUCAUGGUCAAGUUGUUUUAAUGCAUCAUUAUUAGCUAGUUCUGUUCUUAUACUUUGUUUAAAAUUUUUACAUGAUAAAAAUCCUAUUCCACAAUUAUGUUCAAUUGUUUAUUUAUUUGAUCAUUCACUUGACCUUAUUAUUGGUCUUGCUGGUUAUAUUGCAUUAAUUGUUAGUGAUAUGCCUGAUAUACCAACAGAUCGAUCAAAUUAUUAUUUUUAUGCACAUAAAAUGUAUAAUGAUGCAUUUCGUUAUAAGAUUGACGAUGAUUUUAAAUUUGAUCGUGUUAAAAAAUUUUGUCGAAUAUUUGUUCAAAUAUCUGAUAUUAAUCGACAAAUUUCAUGUGGAAUGCAUAAUCUAGUAUCUAAUCAAUUACGUAUUUUAGAAAAAGUAUAUCCAUAUAAUUAUAAUCCAUUACUAUGUAUCAAUAUUAAUGGAAAUCGUCUAAAGGAUAUUAAUGAAAAAUAUCGAUCAAUACAAUUUCCAAUACGAGUUGUAUUAGCAGCAAAACGUUUUGCAAAACAUAUUUUAGAAAGACGAAGAAUAAUUCAACAAUUCAAAACAACAUCAUUAAUUGAUUGA